AUGGAGAAGCCUCUAAACAAGGAUUCCAUGAAAUCCACCUGGCGCACCGCCGACCGCAAAGAAUGGAAUCACAACCACUGGGCCCUAGAGCUCCUAAACGCCCACCCCCAAGAUCUAAACAAAGAAGUGCCCGUCCACUCCAAAGAUGAAAAGAUCCCAUACAUGCCCCAAUGGUCCCUCCAGCGCUGGGUCCUCUUCUACUCAGCCUUGCCAUUAAUCUUCCACCAAACCUACAUGAUGGCAACAGGCCGCACACUAGGCCCAUUCGCAACAUUCAACCUAUACUUCUUCGCCUUCAACGCAACAGUGAUCUACCAAGUCCACCACGAGCGCGAUGGCGUGCCAGACGUCGGCAUCGCAAAGGUCGUAACAUCCCUCUACAAAACGACCGGCUCCCGCCUCGUAAUGGCAACAUACCUCUGCUACAACCGCGACGCACUCCCCAGCUCACUAUCAUGGACCUGGCUCCCGCUCGAAAUCGGGCUGUAUGGUAUUAUCCUCGACUUCUGGUUCUACUGGUACCACCGCCUCAUGCACGACGUGGGAUUUUUCUGGAAAUUUCACAGAACGCACCAUCUGACGAAACACCCGAACCCGCUCCUCGCCGCGUACGCGGACCACGAGCAGGAAUUCUUCGACAUGGUCGGCGUGCCGUUCAUGACGUAUGCGAGUUUGAGGCUGUUGGGGCUGCCGAUGGGGUUUUAUGAGUGGUGGGUUUGUCAUCAGUAUGUUGCUUUUGCGGAGGUUUUUGGACACUCGGGGUUGAGGAUGCACCUUACUGUUCCGACGACGUUGAGCUGGCUUUUGCAGAUGGUUGAUGCGGAGAUUGUUAUUGAGGAUCAUGAUUUGCAUCAUCGGAAGGGGUGGAGGAAGUCGCACAAUUAUGGGAAGCAGACUAGGCUUUGGGAUAAGAUUUUUGGAACAUGUACGGAGCGGAUUGAGUCUGUUGAGGAGAAUAUUGAUUAUGAGAAUGUGGCGAAGAUGCCGCUUUUUUAG